AUGGAUGAUGUUGAAAAGGUGAAUGAAAUAGAUGAGGUUGAUGAACUAGACGAGGCGUCCAUUGCCGGUUUUGUUCAGUCGGAAGAGGAAUAUUAUUAUGAAUUAAUGGCAGAAUCAGGUGCCUAG